CGCAAAAUCAACGACAAUAGCGAGACAAAAGGAAAAUGCGGGAUGGGUUUUACUAGGAAAGACAAAAAGACUUCCUCUUCUUCUUCUUCUUCUUCAACAUCGCCCUGUGCUCAGCUAAGAGCUGCUUAUCAUAAUUGCUUCAACAGGUGGUAUUCAGAGAGUUUUGUGAAGGGUCAAUGGAGCAAAGAGGAAUGUGUUUCUGAGUGGGAAAAAUACAGAGCUUGCCUAUCUGAUCAUUUGGAGGAUAAGCAACUGAGUCGGUUCUUGGAAGCUGAAAUCCUCCCGGUUGAUUUGGGAAACGGUGGCGGUGGCGGUGGCGGUGGCGGUGGCGUUAGCGUUUCCCAGUGACUUUCUCUGUUUUAUCUUUAAAUAAUAAUCUAGAAGACAAGUUAAGAGGAUUGUUUUAGGAUGAAUGGAGGCUAGAAGUUGUAAGCUAAAGUGCAGUGGAGGAUUUAUCUGAACAACCUCUGGUUCUGGUUUUGUUCAGUGAUUUGGACUGUCGGAAAGGAUCCUGCAGUUUAUUUUUCCAGCUAGGUACAGUUGAAUUGCUUCAUAGGUUGUAUGACUGAGGUUAUUGGUGCUGGAAAUUCUGAUGCACCGUUGUUGAAGAAUUUUAUUCAAUAUUUGUUUAUUACUGUUAUGAAUUUUGAUUUGGAGAUAAAAGCGUAUUGCCUCCAACAGUUCAACUCUGUUCUAGGAACCCCAUAACCGUUAUUUUUAUUAUACAUACAAUCGUGUAUCACAUUGACAAAUUUGACUAUCA